AUGAUGAUGAUGAUUAGGCUACUUUUAGAAUUAAAUUAAUAUUUUAAUUUGCUCCGCAAUAAUUUAUAGCGCAUCACGCAUGACCGACGCACUGUAAUAAGAUGUGGUUUGCAUGUGUUUUCUUCAUUUGCAGCGCGUUGAGCUCUCUCGGCCACCGUAGUACUGUCUGGAAAAGAGCUGCAUAAAGAUUCUUCCAAAAUGAUUUUCUAUUUAACUGCAAUAAUACCAGCAAGCCUGGAAUAACUUGAGCGUAAAAUAAUGACAGAAUUUUGGGUGAACUAUCCCUUUAAAUUUAACCAGCGUACCCAUGUUGUCGUUUUUAUUCAACACAAUGGUAAAGUAUAAUUUAUUUUUCAGCUAUUUUACGAUUUUAAUUGCGUUUAAAAGAAGGCUACUGCAUCAGUUGGCAUACACUUGUCAGUCUAUGUAAACUCCCUGCAUCUGCAAAGGGAGUGGAUCUGCCAUCCCUUCCCCCAUCACCACCACCAUCAUCACCGCCGGACCAGUGAGCACCAGGCUCGGUACAUCAUUUCACCGUUAUGGCAAAUGAAUUCCAACAAAACAGAGAAGGAACUGCCAACUCACGCCAUGCCAAUCUCACGUCGUCUCUAGACCUGAGCACGUCUCUAGAUCAAAGUGUGCGGACGCGGAUUUUUAAAAUCAUUGUCAUCGGAGACUCAAAUGUGGGUAAGACCUGUUUAACCUUCCGCUUCACCGGCGGAGCCUUCCCCUGCAAGACUGAAGCCACAAUCGGCGUGGACUUCAGGGAGAAAGCCGUGGAGAUCGAGGGCGAGAAAAUAAAGGUACAAGUAUGGGACACAGCAGGCCAGGAGCGCUUUCGGAAGAGCAUGGUGGAGCACUACUACCGCAAUGUGCAUGCUGUCGUAUUUGUGUACGACGUCACAAAAAUGGCCUCAUUCCAGAACCUAAAGACCUGGAUUCAGGAGUGCAACGGGCACGGGGUGUCAUCCUCAGUCCCUCGUGUUCUGGUGGGAAACAAAUGCGAUCUAGUUGACCAGAUCCAGGUCCCUUCCAACACUGCCCUUAAGUUUGCCGAUUCCCAUAACAUGCUACUGUUUGAAACAUCAGCCAAAGAUCCCAAGGAGAGCCAGAACGUGGACUCCAUUUUCAUGUGCCUGGCAUGUCGUCUAAAAGCCCAAAAGUCCCUGAUCUACAGAAACGUGGAGAGAGAAGACGGCAGAGUGAGGCUGACGCAUCAGCCCGAUCCUAAGAGUAACUGCCCGUGCUGAGGACCUUAAACUGUGAAAUUAUUAACACUGAUGAUAAUUCACAAUGCAAGAAUGUGCCUGCAACUAAUUUUAGUUACUUUAUGACAGCUGCUCCAUGAACUAUCCUUGAUUCUGUGUGUGUGUGUGUGUGUGUGUGUGUGUGUGUGUGUGUGUGUGUGUGUGUGUGUGUGUGUGUGUGUGUGUGUAUGUUUGUGUAUGUGUAUGCUAUCUUACAUGUUGGUAAAUCCCACAAAACCAGUUAAGAAUAUGUCCGGGUCGUAUUUUAUCUCAAAAUCAAAAGAAAGAAAUGAGAAAUAAAAUAAUGCCACAUUUGCAUUGUGACAUUAUUUUCAUGACAAUUAAGCACAUUUCCCCCAAAAUUCACAUUACUGUAAUGAAAAAAAAUCUUAUUUCAUUAUUGUAAUGCAAAACAAUUUAUAUAUUAUUGUUAUUAUUAUUAACACAUGUUGUUCUUCCUUUAAUUUUUGCUAAUUUAAAUAAAACAAUAUUGAAUAAAUAGAAUCUUAUGACAAUCAUCAUUUACUCAGAAGUAAAACAUCAGGUGCAUUAUUUUGAGAUUUUUGGCGAGGAAAAAUGAAAAAAAACAUAUUGCAAAAAUAUAAUGGCCGUACAAUAUGCUUCAUUUUCAUCAUCAAAAGAAUAAUGUGAGCUUGACAGGUUUACUCAAUAUUUCACCCAUGUGUAGAAGAAUGAUUUUCGAUCCCUCAUGGUUAAUUUAGCGAACAAUUUAUAUGCAAAAUACCACUUAAAAGUAACCUUUAAAUGAUUGAAGAGACGUGACAUUUGUUAUUUGGUUCUUUCACACAUUCAAUUGGAUUGUGUUCUGAUGAACGAACACACACACGCAAAGAUAUUUUGAAGAAUGUGGAUAACUAAACUGUUUCUGGUCCCCAUUGACUUCCACAGUAUUUUUUUAAUACAAUGGAAGUCAAUGGGGACCAGCAACUGUUUGGCUACCCACAUUCUUCAUAAUAUCUUUGCGCGUGUGCAUGUGUGUGUGCAACAGAACAUAGAAACACAUUUGGAACAAAAUGAGGGUGAGAAUUUUCAUUUUUGGGUGAACUGUCCCUUUAAGGUUUUAGAUGUCCGGGAACUGCACGUGGAAUCCAAACCCUUCAGCACUGCAUGAGAGUUUUUACAAUAAUCAUUCAAAUGCUUGUGUUGCCUUAAAACAUUUAUUUGUUGUUGUUGUUUUCCCCCUAGCCUUCUAGUUACUCCUUUCUAACCCUCACUAACAGCAUGGAUUUAUUUGAAACUCAUUCAAAUUAUGGAACUAUUAAAAUGUAUUCUGAUAGUUAGUUAGCAUUAAAUAGUUUAGUGACCCAACAAAAUGCUUAAUGUAAUAAGAUGCCACUCAUAAUUCACAUGCUCCUUGGGAACUCCUAGUGUAACCGUGUGGGAAGUUUUAUGUAGCAUCACACAGUAUUUCACCAGCUUAAAGUGGUUCUUCCAAAUGCAUAAUGACUCAAAUAUCUACAAAAGCAAGGUUUGAACAGGCUAAUGAUUUUUACAUUUCUAUUAAAAAAAAAAUGGCAGCGUGACAGAAUGGCAGCGUGAGUGUUUGUGGAAAAUGUUGAUUAUGGAAUAAGAGAGUGUAACUUUGUUUGUUUUGUUAUUAUAAGUUCUAUCCACUGCCUAUUGUUUUGUUCCAUUCUUUUGGUUCUACAGAAGAAGUUGCAGUUUUGUGUGUGUGUGGUUUCAAAUGUAUUCAGAUUCAUAAGAGAAUUCUUUGGUUUCAAUAGUUUUAGCCUUAUAUCUGAUGAAGACAUUAAGCCUUAUGAUUUGUCUUGUUUUGUGCCAUUAUAUGCUGUGUGACAUGUCACAAUAUGUAUGUUAGGUUUUGAGCACCAAAUUAAAUCUCACAUAUCCUGAA